UGUCUCCAGAGUCAUAGUUUCAAUACAGAUGAACUUUGGACAAAGUCUAGAUGAUCUCAGGAAUACAUACAGAGCCAAGUAAUAGGGAGAGAGAGAAAUGGUUUGAAUAGGAGUGUCCAUUUUCGUGGUUAUCUGAAGUUGGGCAUCAGUGGUUUUCCUGUUUUAACUGUAGCCUAUUUACUGUCUUAGUAUCACUGGACAUAAAUAUAGCGGAUUUACCUUGUAUUUGCAGUAUUUUGAAAGCAAUUUAAGAUGGCCGAGCUGAUCUAAAACUUAACCUUUCCAGUUUAUUUCUAACACAGUGAUAUUUGCUGUGAAGGAUAUACCAUUGUGCAUUUUAGUACUCUGUAGUAUCGUAAGAUCUGGUUGUGAUGUACUUGUUGACAGUCUGCAGAUCUAAAAAAGCAGGUUAAAAAGAAAAAAUAUCGGAAAGACAGAAAGAAAGGGGAAGCUCCAGAGAACAUGGCUGUGGGUAGGAGGUUAAUUAUUGUCUGACAAUGUUGUCAAAAAAGAAGGACUCAGGUCUAAAUGAAGGUGUUGUUGGAAAAUAUGUCAAAAGAGACACACCACCUAUUUUGAGAAACUACCACACACCAGUGAGACAAGUUACAAGUUUUCAAAGACGUAGUGCUAAAUCUCCAGGUUCCUACAUUCCGCAACCCAGUGGGGUCCAAACUGUGUUUCCCCGAGGCUACAAAUCACCUCUACACUAUGGGCUAAGCCCAGCUCUUCGACCCAUAACACCCAUAUCUGGCCGUCAUGUGCGAUCUCCUCUCACAGGGGAAGGUGACGAGGAAAUUUCUCAGUACCAGACAGGAGCACCUCUCACUCAUGGGUUGUCUGCCCCUGAUACCUUUGACCGCCUGUCGGUCGGCUCAGAUGGUAGUCACCACUCAGAGCCAUACGGCUCAGGGAGAGACACACCCUCCCCAGGGGUAACACGAAGCUCCAGUGGCCACUACCAAAACCUUAGUACCAUACAACAACACAGCCGACUUGUGAACAAACAUAAAACACCGGAUUCUGAAAGUCAGACCACGGCCAAAAGACUGGACCACAGUUGUGGCAAUACAGAAGAGCUGAGUGAGAAGCACCAAAGUCAGGGCAAUUUUUCAGCUGAGUAUUAUAAUCAGUUUGAUGAAAACGUCCAAAUCCAGCAGUACCAUCAGCAAAUUAGAAACCAGUAUGCUCAGCAGUCCACCAAACAGACUGGGAGAGUUGCUGCGUCUCAGGAUCCCAACCCUCACCUCACCCAGCCCUGUGCCCAGCCAGACACACAGCUCACAGAACUGCAGGCUAUAGGUGGCCCCUCAGAUGAGAUGGUCUUACCUCCUGGAUGGUCAGUAGACUGGACAGUUAGAGGGAAGAAAUAUUACAUUGACCACAACACUCAGACCACUCACUGGUCGCACCCUCUGGAGAAGGAAAACCUUCCUGCUGGAUGGGAACGUAUUGAAUCCAAAGAAUAUGGGGUUUAUUAUGUAAAUCAUAUAAUUCGUACAGCUCAGUACCAACAUCCAUGUGCCUUGGCAAUUCCUCAACUGAACAUGUUCUUUGGUUACAAACAGCAACAUCUGCAGCAUGUCCAAUACCAGCAGUUGUUGCCUUGUCAAAUUGAGAGCAGACAAAGUCUGGUGCCAGCUAACCCUUACCUUAACACAGAAAUUCCAGAAUGGCUGUUCGUGUACUCCAAAGCCCCACAGGAACAUGACCACAAACUUAAGUGGGACCUUUUUCGACUGAAUGAGUUGGAACAUUUUAGUGCCAUGCUUAUUCGCUUGGAAAAGUUGGAGUUGGAGAAAAUAGUGAUGUCGUAUGAAGCAUACAGGAUGGCUUUGUAUAGAGAAAUAGAGAGACGCCAACAGCAGAUGCAUGCGGUUCACUUGCAACAACAAGCUGGUCAGGAUCCUCAGCAACUGCAGAUACAACAUCCAUUCUCUCAAACACAGGGACAGCAACCCACUACAUCUACACAGUCUAUUAAAGCCGCUGACAUGCCCCAACCGUUCUACCAACAACAACAGCAAACAAUUCUACAACAGUCUGCAAACCAGCAGUUGGUACAUCAGCAACAAGCUCAUCAACAGGCCCUGAUCCACCAGCUGCAGCAGGAAACUGGAGGACAUCAACAUUUACAUCAACAGCAAGCAGGACACAAUCUGCCCUCAUCAACCCAAGUCAACCAGAUGCCAACCUCUCAACAACUACAACAACAACAGAUUCACCAGUCAGGAAUGAGGCAUUUACCAGGAUCACAAGUGCACCAUCUCACUGUGACUCAGCAACAACACUUGCACCAAUCCAUGACUGCACAUCCUCAGCAAAUCCACCAAUCUGCAGCAGUACAACAGUAUCAAAGCCAGCAUCAGCUACAAGCAGUUCAACAAGCCAAGACACCAUUGCCUCAGCAGCAAGAACUAGGAAAACAACCUGUGACAUCUCAAACUAGUGUGCAGUCACAGGUUCACCAGAUGAUUGGUACACAGCCACAAUUACAGCAGGUACACUCACAGCCUGUACACAAGAUGACCAUCUCUCAGCAAGCUGUGCAGCAUGUGGUGACUUCAACACCACUAGUGCAUUUGCAAGGGCAACAGCACCAGCUGCAAGUAGGUCAGAUUCCCUCAUCACAGCAAGUUAUGCAUACAACAGCUUCCCAACAAUCUGUCAAUCAACUGGUUACAUCUCAGCCAUUACAUCAGGUGUCACUUUUGAGACAGCAGUUACCACAGUCAAGACUUCCACAGCCAGUCAUGAAUCAGUAUGGGGAUGCGGAAGCUCAGUUGUACCUUCAGAACCAGUAUGGGCAACAGCAGCAGAGCCAAUAUGGACAACAGCAACAACCAGGUCCACAGAACCUUUAUGGACAGACUCAACGUCUGAGCCAGUAUGGCCAACAACAACUGCAAAACCAAUAUGCACAACAGCAUAUUGAGGCUCAGUAUGGACAGCAAGUUCAAAACCAGUAUGGGCAACAAGCCCAAAACCAGUAUGGGCAACAACAAGCCCAAAACCAGUAUGGGCAACAACAGCUGCAAAGCCAGUUUGGACAACAACACCAGUUUGGACAACAACUGCAGAGCCAGUAUGGACAACAGCAACCACAGGCUCAGUAUGGACAACAACAACAGCUUGUUUCUAACGUCAGCCUGUCUAACUUCAGUCAGCAGUCUUCACAACCACCUGCACUUCGCCAAAAUGUCCAGCUUAUUCAACAUCAACAACAGCUGCUGGCUGGACGUCAAGUACAGUCUCCAGUUAGCCAACUGUCUCAAAACAAGAUUGUGCCAGGACGAACAGAGCAAGCGCAGACAGUUAUUACUCAAAAUGUAGAGACAAAGGUUUAACCAUUUAGUUCUAAGGGAUUGAUUACAGCCAUUUAAACUUUUUUGGACUAGGAAGAUUUUCGUAGUAGCUAGAAAAUAAGUAUAUUUGACACUUCAUAAUUAUUCCAUCAGUGCCUUGAUAUAACCGUGUAAAUGGAAAUAAGUGAUUUUUAAAAUUGUAAUUGUUUACUUAAAUGGAGGUUUAUGUUCUCAUCCCUGCCUUGCCAUAGAUUAUUUGUAUAUUUGUAAACAUUUGUGUAGGAAACAGCAUGCGAGUGGGUUGUGCUUUGUGGCUGAUGUUAAUCCUCAUUAAUUUUGAUAGGUCAGAUGUUUAUUCCAAAAAGCCUCUGCAGUUUGCCAAGCACUUUGUAUAUUCACUAUACGAAGCUGCUUUAGUAGCAGGUAGAUCAGUGUUUUUAUACAUUUUGUUUAUAUUCAUUGAUAGCAGAAAUCUUUAUGUAAGUUUCAUGCAGCUUUGCCUAGUGCUUUUCAAAGUACAGACUGAUCUCUACAAACAGAAAAUUUAUCCUGUGUAAUCUUUGCUAGUCAAUGUAGAUGCAAAUGAGAUUUAAUGACAAAGAAAAAUUAUUAGAUUGUAACUUUUUUUAUCACAAUUAUGGUUCUAACAUGCUUUGAAGCAUUUUAUAUUUUGUUACUUUCAGGAUUUUACACCUGGAACAAAAAAGAAGCUUAUUUAUAUGCUUCACAUAGUUAUAGGUAAGAAUAAAAUCUGUAUUAUAAGCCUUAGUGAUCACUUUUAGUGGCAGAUAUAUACUCUGCCACCAAUAAGUAUGGUAAAAGAAGUUCCUGUAAAGAUCUUUAGAGAGAAAUGUUAAUCAAGCAUAAUUGUGUGUAUCUCGAACACACAGUACCUUAAGACUCAAAGACAUGUCCUCAGGACCACAUUCAAAUCAUGACUUCGACAAUUUAUUGCAUGUAUUUGAGACUUUAGGGCAUGUCUUUGAAAGAUAAUGGCGUGUGUUUGAGAUUGUAGGACCGUAUUUCUUUAUUGCAUACCUUCAGAACCUUAUGCCAAAACAGAGUUCAGUGCAGUAUUGUUUGUAUGGUCUUAGAUUACAUGGUCUUAGAUUACAGCGAAUAAAUGAUGAAUGUAGCUGCAAUGGACGUGGUAUAAAAUAAGCCAUGUACUCUGUUGUUUUUGGUCGGUAUGAAUGUUAUUUUACCUGUCUGUACUGACCAUGGACUGAUGUAAUUGGCUGAUAUCAAUGUUUUUACCCUGGUGGACAUAGCGAUUUAAUAGCACCAGCAAAGGUUGACUUGUUAAGUGUAUAUGUGUACGUCUUCAUUCCUGGGAAACUCUCUGAGAUGUGAUAUACAUGUCAUGUUAAAUGCACAGCCAGGUAUUGACAAUACUGUGGUGUGGUACAGACUUAAUUAUUUUAUUACCUGCUUCAUUAUUGUCUGUUAAUAUAUAUAUUAAUGUAUAUAUGUAUAACGAGCCAGACCUUAUAAGAAAGAAUAUAUGUAUACUGAAUUGUU